AGGGUCAACAGACUUCCUUGGCUCAUGUGGUAGUUCGGCUUGAUUUUAUAUAUGAGUGACUCAUUGUUCUAGAGGAAAAUGUUGAUACUACUAGCUUCUAGUUUGACUUCUUCAUACCUUAUGAUUUUUGUUUCUUGGUAGUUGGUAGGUAGCUGCUUGUCCCUCAUUUCAUCUUCUCAAAAAAGAUGUUUCUCGGUACCAAGCUUCGCAAGGACGACAUCGAAGCCCUGGACGAAAAGGGUGUCACGAAUCGUCAACUUGCCCUCAGAGAAGGCAACAACAGAGUUUUACAAAAGCGUGCAGACGGGAGUGUAGCCAAAGCUCGUGGCGAAGCCGUUUUCCAUGGCGCUUUCACAGGAGGUUUCUCCGCAGGAUACUUCAACUCUGUCGACACAAAAGAAGGCUUCGUCCCGAAGCAAUUUACAAGUAAGAGAGGGCAAGAACGGGCAAAGCCAGCGGGAACUGUAGAGGACUUGUUAGAUGAAGAAGAUUACGCUAGUGGAAUAAGG